GCAAGCAGGCACAUAGUGUUCGUAGCUCCGUCUGUCUCCUCUUCCUCCACUCUGAUCUUGGGAUACAAGAAGACACCGCACUGGAAAUUAUGCUGUUCUGCCAUUCCCAGCCUGAGUCCUACCACCAGCACUCUGCUAGUUACAUUAGAGAGGCUUUGGCACCUUUCUUAAAAAACGAAGAAGCCAGGCUCAUGGCUGAAAUUGAUGCCAAGAGGACACCGUUCCAGUACAUUCUGAGUGCAGCCACUUCACCGGCUGUAAAGCAGCAGGAGGAGAGUCUCACCUAUCUCAACCAAGGUCAGUCCUACGAAAUCCGUAUGCUAAACAGAAAACUAGUGGAGUAUACAGAUAUAAGCAGCAAAUAUGUAAAGAGCAUUGUCCGAGUGGUGUUUCAUGACCGCAGACUGCAGUAUAUGGAGCACCAGCAGCUGGAGGGGUGGAGGUGGAACAGACCUGGGGACCGAAUCCUGGAUAUAGACAUCCCACUAUCAGUGGGUAUAAUGGAGCCCCGAUCCCACCCUCUGCACCUCAACACCAUAGAGUUUCUAUGGGAUCCUGAGAAGAAUGCUUCUGUCUUCAUUCAGGUCAAUUGCAUCAGCACUGAAUUUACCCCCAGGAAGCAUGGUGGAGAAAAAGGAGUUCCCUUUCGAAUUCAGGUGGACACUUUCACCACCAAUGAACACGGGGAAUAUAUGGAGAACGUCCAUUCUUCCAGCUGCCAGGUCAAAGUGUUCAAGCCUAAAGGAGCUGAUCGCAAACUAAAGACGGACAGAGAAAAGAUUGAUAAAAAGACGCCUCAAGAAAGAGAAAAGUAUCAACUCUCCCAUGACACCACAGUGUUAAAGGAGUGUUCCCCUUGGCCUGAUGCACUGAACUUCACCAGCCACAGCAGCAGCAGCACUCCAUCACCGGUUUACCACAAUUCCCCGACCUCCUGUAGCUUCACUGAUGGCAACUGUUCUCCAAACCAGCAGGGGGAGCUCCUCAUACCCGGCUGCUCUGAUCACCUUCUGCCAUCGUCCUCGCUGCACGACACUCAGCAGUGGCUGCACCAUCACAGGUUCUCACCUUUCUCAAGGCUCUUCUCCAGCUUCUCAGGGGCUGAUCUGUUGAGGAUGAGCAAAGAAGAUUUGAUCCAGAUCUGUGGCCCUGCUGAUGGUAUUCGUCUUUUUAACACCAUGAAAGGAAGGUGUAUACAGCCUCGUCUGACCAUCUACGUGUGUCAGCAGCAGGUCAGAAAUCAACCUCCCAACAAGCUUGGUGGUAGAGAUGUUUACCACGCUCUGUACCUGGAGGAGCUUACACUGCUGGACCUGUCUGAAAAGCUCGCUCUGCUGUACAGCAUCACUCCACAGCAAAUCACAAACAUCUACAGACAGAAAUCCACUGGGAUUCACGUCUUAGUGUCAGAUGAGAUGGUGCAGAACUUCCAGGAGGAAACGAGCUUCAUCCUCAGCACUAUUAGGGAUGGAACCACAGAUGGCUAUCACAUUGUGCUGAAGUAACCAACAAAUGCUUGGCACUGGAAAUGUACAGAAUAUAUUUAAAUCAGUCCAGACUACAAUCUAUGAUACUCUCAGUUUAACAGUGUUGUAAAAUAAUGUUAAAGAGGACGUUAAGUAUUUGUUAACUGAAGCCCUGUUUUUCAGUAUAUUUCAGAAACAGACUGUAAUAAGUGACAAGGAAAUUCAUCAAAAGUAUAUACAUUAAAAGUGUUGU